CACAGUGCUAUCAGAGAAGCCCAGCUCUGACUUCCUCUUCUCUGUGUGCUUGAGGUUUCAUAGUGUUUCCGCUCACAGUAAGAGAUGUUUGAAUGAUCACAGUAUAGAAGAUAUUCACCUGGAUCAGACGAUGAAGAUCAUCCAGCUUCAGAUCUAUCUGUUGAUGUGGUCUCAAGUCACAGAGAGUCUAACAAACACAGCAGUAACUUUAGGAGCUGAUGUGAUUAUAAACUGUGAUCUUGGUAUAGAGGAGAUUUACUGGUACAAACAGAAAUCACCGGAUCCUCCAGAGUUGAUCUUACGCACUUUCAGUAACAGAACUGAAGUAGCUAAAUAUGAAAACAGCAUCUUUGAAGACAAAUACUCAGUGAAAACUAACAGUCGUCUGUUCAUCAGAAAUAUCACCGUUGAUGAAUUAGGAGUUUAUUAUUGUGUCAAAACUAGUGAACCACGAAAAUUCAGCAACGGCACCAGAAUCUACAUCACUGACUCAGUCCACAGGAAUCAGACAGAAUCACAACAGGAGACACCAUGGAGAAACCUGACCAUCAUCACAUCUGUCCUGCUGAAUGUGCUUCUGAUCAUUGCAUUAAUAGGUUUGGUGAAGUGCUGCCUUGACGCGACCAGAAGAUCUAAAAAUACUUCAGAGAAACCUCAAAGUACAACAGCAGCUCAAAACACAAACGAUCCACAGUAUGCUGACAUUGAUUUCUCCAAGUGCUCCAGAAGAAACAGACCUCGCCCAAGACCAGACCAGGACCAGACCACCUACUCUCUUCUGCAGCCAGUAAAAACUGUUUAACAUUACAAAUUGUAUCUACAUAUUAAUGUCUUAACAAAUUGUAUUAUUACUUUUGUUCUUAUUCUUUUUUUCUCAUUGUUUUUGCUUAAACCACAGAGUAACAAGAGUCUUAAGUAAAGACUAAGUAAAUUAGUCUUGUUUAAUAAACUAAAUCAGUCUUUUUGUGUGUGUGUGUGUGUUUAAUCUAAAUAUACAGAGUGGAAAAUGCUAGUAUAAUGCUAUACACUUGUAUUUAGUAUUAUUAUUCUUAUACAGACCAUUUCAAAAAUAAUCUUAUUUUUUUUUUCUCAUUAAGUUCUCUAAGAUGUUCAUGCGAGCAGUGAGAGUUGAUGUAAACCAUAGGGCAAUGUGGUUUCUGUGUGUUACAGCCGCUUACACUUGCAAGUUUGUGUUACUUUAUUUUUCAUGAAAUUUUGCAGAACUUUUGUGGAAAUCACAUGAUUAAAGCUUAAUAAAUAUAGUAAAGUUAUUUUUUAUAUUUUUUAUUUUUGGCUUGCAUGUUAAUUGUUUUGAAUAAUUUGGUUCUUACAUAUUAAAACUUCUGCACAGCUCUUUUUUGUGGUUAGCACAUUUCUAUGUGAAAGAAAUGUUCCACUGGUUUGGUCAACUGAUACAUGACGUUAACAUAAACCUUUGCAUGCAUAUAGACAGACAGUUUAAACUUUUUAUCAAGUGAAGGUGGAUGAAAGUUUCCUUUUUGCCUGACAAAAAAUAAAAUAAAAUGAAAUAAAUAUAUAAAUGACUC